UAAAGAGAGUUAAUGAAGGCAUUGAAAAGAUAAACAGUAGAGUAGUAAACCACAGAAGGAAUGGAGAUUUCAUUUCUACACGUGGCACUGGUGGAGUGUCACUAGAAAACUAUGUAUAGCCCUAGAGCUCACCUUUUCAAAAAAAUACUGAAACUCUAGAAGAGACACAAAAACAGCAAGAAAAACAGAGAAAAUGUCUUAUAGCACAUGACUUAAAAAAUACAAUCUCUUUAUCUUAUCGGAAAGCAAACGGAGAAGCAACUUGAUUAUCGGGUACAAGUACUCUGAUAGGGAGAAAAUGCCAGCACUAUGGAGCUCCUUAAGCUGGCAGAAAAGUUACAAGAACUAGUGCCUAGAAGGUGAAGCCAGGCACAGUGAAAUAGUAAGUGGAGCACCAUUUUUUCUAAGUGACAGUGAAAAUCUUCUAGAAUAAGUGCCAAGAAAUGUGAAGAAAUCUUCCAUUUUUGCAACACCUGCACAUAAAUCCUAGAGACCUUUACAAAAGUUAUGCUUUAGCCAAACAAAAGUAAUUGGUAGGAAAUUACUUUGGUAGAGGUAGGAAAUACAAAGUCCUUGAGAGAAAUAUAACAAUCUUGCUAUUCAGGAGAUUAGGAUCAAUGCCAAAUAGCCCUUCUAACCUUACACCAUAGAAACAUAGUUAACCAGAAUCUGGGAUCCCAGUUGUCACCUGAACAGACACAGGAGUAUUUCAGUAGCAUGGGCUCACUUUAAGCACUCUGUAUGCACUCCUGGAAAACUGGAGAAGAAUGGACGAGUGCUGAGACAGGACAAAAUCUUUUCUGUAUCUUUGCAACGAGGUAUUUUUGUAACGUAAGAGCUCAUAAUACCAUUCUAACCUCCUAGCACAUACACAAUGUGGAUUUGGCUGUACUUCCCAUCCACCAAAGGAAUCAAACUGCAAAUGGACAAGCCUGCAAACAACAUGAAGCAAACUUGACACAAAACAGAUAUUUCACUGUGUACAAAUAAUAGCUCUUUGCUGAUAAACGGAGAGAAAUUUUAAGGUUGUUUGUAUUGUUGUGAGAUCACGUCUUGCUGAAUCACAGGUCUCCAUCAAAUGGUUGGGGAUUUUGCAAUGGUAGGUGAAGGGACUGUAACAGAGAUUUGUGAGGUGUUAUUCACUAACAGCUGAUAGACUAAUUUUGUUCUGAACCUCGAUUUUCUAGUCUUGAUGAAAACAGUGUAAUCCUCCACGUCCCUAAGAAAGCUUCUCCCUGGGUUGGCAAGGAAAUGGUAAAGGAGUGUAAUUAAGCAAUGAUGACCCCAAAGUGAAAUGUGAAUUCUUUACAAUAUACAAUGUCUUUCCCACCAGCCAUAUGUGUUUGUCAGAUGUUUAUAGAAUCUUCAUUAACUAAGAGCUUUGCUAGAUAACAGAAGCUGAAGCAUGGCAUCAAUGACUCAGAUAAGGGCAAGUGUACAACCAAUCUGCUUGACAACUGACAAGAGGCUGGAGUUUGAAGCAGACUGCAAAAAGAAUUCAAGAAAGUGAUUUGCAAAGGGUGCACCAGUUUUUUGCCUUCUAUCUACCUCCCUCUGUCUGUAAUGAAACAAGAGUUUUAAUCACCUACAAUUUCAUUGUCCUCUUGUCUCUUCAUCAGAAAGUAAAUACAGAAGAAAUGCACUAUUUUGGGGUACUGGCUGCACUGUCUGUUUUCAACAUCAUUGCCUGUUUGACAAGAGGCAAGCCUUUGAAAGAUUGGGACAAGUUACCAGCUAUGGAAAAGUCUGAUGCACACUUUCAUGAUCCUGGGGAAGUGGAAGAUGAGACCCAUUUCGACUUUAAAUCUUUCCUGGAGAAUAUGAAGACAGAUUUACUAAGGAGUUUGAAUUUAUCAAGGGUCCCUUCACAAGAGAAGACCAAAGAAGAGCCACCACAGUUCAUGAUUGAUUUAUACAACAGAUAUGCUGCAGACAAGUCUUCCAUCCCUGCAUCCAAUAUCGUGAGGAGCUUCAGUACUGAAGAUGUUGUUUCUUUAGCUUCACCAGAAGAAAAUCCAUUUCAGAAACACAUCUUGCUCUUCAACAUCUCUAUUCCGCGAUAUGAGGAAAUCACCAGAGCUGAACUGAGAAUUUUUAUCUCCUGUCACAGGGAAGUUGGGUCUCUCUCUAGACUGGAAGGUAACAUGGUCAUUUACGAUGUUCUAGAUGGAGAGCACUGGGAAAAUCCAGAAAGUACCAAAUCUUUCCUUGUCUCCCAGGAUAUCCAGGAGUGUGGCUGGGAGAUGUUUGAAGUGUCCAGCGCUGUGAAAAGAUGGGUCAGGGCAGAUAAACUGAAGACUAAAAACAAGCUGGAAGUUGUUAUAGAGAGUAAAGCUCUGGGUGGUUUCACUUGCGGGAAGUUGGAUAUCAGUGUUACCCCUGACACUAAAAAUCUGCCCCUGUUAAUAGUGUUCUCCAAUGAUCGCAGCAAUGGGACAAAAGAGACCAAAGUGGAGCUCCGGGAGAUGAUUGUUCAUGAACAAGGAAGUGUGCUAAAGCAAUUAGCAAAGAAUAAUACUCCGCCUGAAGAAGGAGAGGAAAAAGCCUUUGCUGGGACCCACCAGCAUUCCUCCAGAAGCAAGAGAAGCAUCAGAGCCAACCACUGCCGGAGAACUUCCCUCCACGUGAACUUUGAAGAGAUUGGCUGGGAUUCCUGGAUCAUUGCGCCCAAAGAUUAUGAGGCUUUUGAGUGUAAAGGAGGGUGCUUCUUCCCUUUGACAGAUAAUGUUACCCCAACAAAACAUGCUAUUGUCCAGACUCUGGUGCACCUCCAAAACCCAAAGAAAGCUUCCAAGGCCUGUUGCGUUCCAACCAAAUUGGAUUCAAUCUCCAUUCUUUACAAGGAUGAUGCUGGGGUGCCUACUUUGAUAUAUAACUAUGAAGGGAUGAAAGUGGCAGAAUGUGGUUGCAGGUAGUAUACAAGGCAGCAUCUCUGAGAAUAAGAACAGACCCUUUUCUGCUCUAUGUAAAUCUGUACAUUAGUGAUGUAAAUGAAAAUCCUUGCAAACAAGGUUUGGGGCAGGGCAGGAGGCUGGUAGUUGUUGCUGCUGCUUGUUUUAAAGGAAAACUGAUGUUUAAAGAAUGGCAAUCAUUGUAAAUACCUAUUAUAUAUAAUGGCAAAGUGAAUUAAAAUAUUGUUGAGAUUGAAAGAAAUAUACAUUAUUUGAUAGCAGACAGCGAUACAAUCUGAAUAGCUUAUAUUGUACUUUUCUGUUAAAUCAGUUCCACUCAGGUCACAAACUAAAGGAUUUUCAAAGCAGACUGUGGGAUCUAGGAUGUACUGUAAAUGUUUCAUAGGUAUUGAAAUGUAAUUCUCUUAGCCAGCUCUGACAUUUUCAACCUCUGUAAAACUCAGUAAACUGAAUUUAUGGUGCAUGGUAAAGCCAGGGGCCUAAAUUCUGCAAGUAUUUUCUCAUGUCAGUAAUCUCAGAGACUUUUACAGAUCAU